AUGGCCCCUCCACCGCCAGCUUCUCUCCCGCUGGGCCAACGCCUCGCCGCCCUCGCGCAGACGCUGCAGUUUGCCUGGUUCGCCGGCCACGUCAUGCUGUUGCUGACGACGCUACGCUACAGCUUGUCAUACCUCACCUUCAACUACUCGUCAAAAUGGGCUUCGUUUUCUUACCGCGUUGCCUUUUUGUCUGCCUGUGUCACAUAUGGUAUUGUCGUCUACAAGGCCUACCGUGCCCGCAUGAGGGCCGGUAAGCAGGGCGGCGUUGUGGCCUUGGCUGCUGAUGAGAAUGUGCAGUACCUGAUCAUGGCUCUUGUCUGGCUCUUCUCCCGCCAGAUCCCCCUUGCAGUCCUGCCCUUUGCAGUCUACUCCGUCUUCCACGUCGCAACCUAUGUGCGGUCCAAUCUUCUCCCCACAAUUCAGCCUCCCCCACCCACCACCGUCGCCGGCUCCAAGCCCCCUGCUUCCGGUGCCUCCGAGGCCAUUGGCAAGUUUGUCAAGGAGUACUACGAUGGCUCCAUGACACUUGUUGCCAUGCUCGAGAUUGCCCUCUGGUUCCGCGUCGUCGGCUCCGCGCUCCUCUUCCAAAAGGGCUCGUGGAUCCUGCUCGUCGUCUACACAGUCUUCUUCCGCGCUCGCGUUGCGCAGAGCAGCUUCGUCCAGGAGGCCAUCACCCAGCUCACUGCUCGUGUGGAUGCGCAGCUUGCGAACCAGAGCACACCCCCUGCUGCCAAGCAGGCGUGGGGCACAUUGAAGAAUGUUGUGCGCCAGGCGGCUGAUGCGACGGACAUCCGCCGCUAUGUUGGUGGCCAGCCUUCCGGUUCUCCCAAGAAGGCGCAGUAG